AUGAUAAGUCAUAGACAUCAUAUACAGCCGUUGGCAGAGUCACCAGGAAGCUGUCAACGAAGCAUUCGCAAUCGACGUAAUCUACUACAUACCAAUCCACAACUUCAUGAGGUGGACAUCUUCAAUGUAGCAAGGCCGCAACCGAGGGGAGCUUCGUUCUUUGGUAUCCCGCUAUCCAGUAUAAAGGGCCAGCCCUUCGGGGUGGACGCUUCGUGGCAGUUGCCAAAUUGGGGGUCUGUCGAGCAGGUCAAAGCCAUCACCAAGCGAGGAGAGGCAGCCAUGCAGCAGGAAUUGGGCCAGUUGGCGGCCCGCGCAGCGCAGUACACACGCCAACUGCAGGACCGUUGCCUUCAGAUCAACAUGGCCGGACGCGAGAUCAAAGGUAUUGACAAACAGAUUGAGGCACAGGUUGCACACAUGGCCGUCAUCGAUCAUGAUAUCCCGACCCAGCAGCGCGCCGCCGACGACGCAGUCGCCAUGGAAGCGUUUCUACGCUCCAAGUUUAUCCGUGAAGAGCUAUACGUCUGA